AUGAGAAGAGCAUCAGCGCAAACCUGGCUCGCUUCUGCACGAUCUCAACCACCGCUUUCCCAAAUUUCCACUCGAAUCGGCGCACGAUCUGCUGCGAUCCUCACUGGCGCCGCCGGGUCGUCCAGCCGCUCAGCCAGCCUUCUGAGCACUGUCGCCACUGCCACCCGACCCAAUUUGCAUACGCCCUUCACCACUGCUGCCUCGGCCACUCUUCGCCGCUUGGGGCUGAAUGGGCUCGCGCAGCCGCUGCGGGCGGGCCUCAGAUCCAAGCUGCCAGGCGGCCGACGCAGCUACUCCACCGAGGUCCCGGCCGCGGCCGAGACGGCCAAGGUGGCAGAGACGCCAGCGUCCCUGGACGCCCUGCGCGCCGAGUUCUAUGAGUUCCAGAAGCGGACCCUCAACUGGAACAUCGGAGGCGUUUCGGUGCCCAAGGCGGUGCUGUGGUUGGUGUUCUUCCAGUUCCUGGGUCUGGCCCCGUACAGCUUCGCGCUCGAGCGCAACGAAUCUGUGGUCUUCGUCCGCGAGUACAUGGAGAAGGUGCAGAGCAUGGCCGAAAGCUCGGGCUUGCCCCUGGGCGACGAUCACAACCAGCACAUGCCCAGUUUCACCCGCGGCUUGACAGGCUGGGAGCGCACCGCCCUGCACAGCGUGGCUUCCGUGGCCACACUCUCGGUGAUCGCGUUCCUUUGGGCGAGGAGACGCACGAGGCGAAGCUUCAACUCGUUUAUUCUCUCGCGUGCCUUGGGCGAGCCUACGGGCACUUACCCCAUCACCAUGGAGAACGUGGUGCGCAAGGGCGACGCGCUCAAGAUCAAGGGCGAGGGCCUCAAGAGUGUCAGGAGCGAUGUCGUCCGCCUGGCCGGCCUCAAAGCCGUGCAGGCCUCCGUCGGGCUGCUGCUCGCCUCGACCGCCUCCUCCUACGCAUUCACCACCUGGGUGGAUGGCAAGGUAAGGGAUGGGGUUAUCAGGUUCCGCCGCAGCGACGUGCUGCAGGGCGAGACGGCGCUCUCCCUGGUCCUGCUGUUCAACUUCCUCGUCAGCUGGGCCGUGCUGGUCUACCAGCCCUACACCAUCUUCCCCUUCGUCAUCAGCAACGUUCUCAUGUCAUACCUCCGCUUCACGGACAGCACGUACAAGCAUGUCACCCUGCCCAGCAAGGAGACGCCGGUUGUGACCGAGCACAAGGCGGUGGAGGAGGUGGACGGUGGCAAGGAGUACAUCACCUUGACCGAGAAGAAGUCCGGGUCGGGCUGCACCAGGACCGAGACGCGCGUGUUCGUUCCCGACGCCGCCGAAGCCGGCGGCAACGCCCAGCGCACGCUGGACAUCACAACAAAGACCGAAGGCGACGCCGACACCCAGCGCUCGCUGGACACCACGACAAAAACCGACGCCUGA